AGUUUUAACAAACUAUCUGAUUUACCUAUUCCACUUCAACGAAUACUUCCACCAAGUUAUGAAUAUCAAAUCGAAAAUUAUAGUGAAUUAGAACCUAUUAUUACUGUGGAAAAUGUGACAAUUGGACAACUUAUAGUUGAUUUAUUCGUAAAUAUCAACACCCAAGAAAGUGCUUUGGAGUGGUUCAAUGUAUUUCAGGAAAUAUCUAAGACUACGAUGCGAUUAACAU